AUGUCCCCGGCGCUGUACCACAAGGAGUUCGCGCGGGCCGGGCAGCAGAGCGGGCUCCAGGUGUGGCGCAUCGAGCGGCUGGACCUGGUGCCGGUGCCCCCCGGCUGCCACGGCGACUUCUUCGUGGGCGACGCGUACCUGGUGCUGCUGACCGCCCGCCGCGGCAACGCCGUCACCUACCGCCUCCACUACUGGCUCGGGAAAGAAUGUACCCAAGAUGAAAGCACAGCUGUGGCUAUCUUUGCUGUUCAGAUGGAUGAUUACUUAGGAGGAAAGCCUGUACAGAGCAGAGAAAUUCAAGGAUAUGAGUCUACUGAAUUUGUGGGAUAUUUCAAAGGAGGAAUUAAGUACAAGACAGGAGGUGUUGCCUCUGGAUUUAAGCAUGUUAUUACUAAUGAUCUGAGGGCACAGAGGCUUCUGCAUAUCAAGGGCCGGAGAGUAGUACGAGCCACUGAAGUUCCCCUUGCUUGGACCAGCUUCAACAAAGGAGAUUGCUUCAUUAUUGACCUUGGAACUGAAAUCUAUCAGUGGUGUGGCUCAGCAUGCAAUAAAUAUGAGCGUCUGAAGGCUACUCAGGUUGCUGUUGGCAUUCGGGACAAUGAGCGGAAUGGAAGGUCACAGUUAAUUCCUGUGGAAGAAGGAAGCGAACCAGACCGACUUAUAGAGGUUUUAGGAAACAAGCCAGAGCUUCCUGAAAGUGGUGGUGAUGAUGAUGAGACAGCUGAUAUUAUGAACAGGAGAAGUGCUAAAUUGUAUAUGGUGUCAGAUGCAAGUGGAUCCAUGAAGGUGUCAGUGGUAGCAGAGGAAAACCCCUUCUCCAUGUCUAUGCUUUUGUCUGAAGAGUGCUUCAUUUUGGACCAUGGCGCUGCAAGAAAGAUCUUUGUGUGGAAAGGCAAAGAUGCUAACCCACAAGAGAGAAAGGCAGCCAUGAAGAAUGCUGAAGAGUUCAUACAGCAGAUGAAUUAUCCUGCCAACACGCAGAUUCAAGUUCUUCCAGAAGGAGGUGAAACACCAAUCUUCAAACAGUUUUUCAAAGACUGGAAGGAUAAAGAUCAAAGUGAUGGCUUUGGAAAAGUUUAUGUCACAGAGAGAGUGGCUAAAAUUGAGCAGAUUGAAUUUGAUGCUACCAAGUUACAUGAGUCUCCACAGAUGGCCGCCAAACAUAAUAUGGUAGAUGAUGGUUCAGGGAAAGUAGAGAUCUGGCGCGUGGAAGACACCGGCAGGGUUCCUGUAGAGCCUGAGACAUAUGGGCAGUUCUAUGGGGGUGACUGCUACAUUAUCCUCUAUACUUACCCUAAAGGGCAGAUCAUCUACACGUGGCAAGGAGCUCAGACUACAAAAGAUGAACUGGCUGCAUCUGCAUUUCUAACUGUUCAGCUUGAUCGGUUAUUGAAUGGUCAGGCUGUGCAGAUCCGAGUCAGCCAAGGCAAAGAGCCUGCACAUUUAUUGAGCUUGUUCAAAAAUAAACCACUCGUUAUCUACAAGGAUGGGACAUCAAAGAAGGAAGGUCAGAAACCAGCUCCCCCAACACGACUUUUCCAGAUCCGCAGGAACCUGACAUCCACCACCAGGAUUGCGGAGGUUGAUGUUGAUGCAGUGUCACUGAACUCCAAUGAUGUCUUUGUUCUGAAACUGCCAAACAACUCUGGCUACACCUGGGUAGGAAAAGGAGCAAACAAAGAAGAGGAACAAGGAGCUCAAUACAUUGCCAGUGUUCUUAAAUGCCAGACUGCUAAGAUUAAUGAAGGCCAGGAACCGGAGGAAUUCUGGAAGACACUUGGAGGUAAAAAAACAUACCAGACCUCUUCACAACUCUUGACAAAGGCUGAAGAUCAUCCACCUCGUCUAUAUGGCUGCUCUAAUAAGACUGGCAGAUUUGUUAUUGAGGAAGUCCCAGGGGAAUUCACUCAGGAUGAUUUGGCUGAAGAUGAUGUCAUGUUGCUGGAUGCUUGGGAACAGGUUUUCAUCUGGAUUGGAAAAGAUGCUAAUGAAACUGAGCGACAAGAAUCUGUUAAAUCUGCCAAGCGCUAUAUUGAAACAGAUCCUUCUGGAAGAGAUAAGGGGACGCCCCUUGUCAUAGUGAAGCAAGGCUACGAACCCCCUACGUUCACAGGCUGGUUCCUGGCCUGGGAUUCGAACAAAUGGAAAAACUGAUCUAUCCAAGAAUGCCUCCGCUUCAAGCCAAAGAAUGAUCAGAGCACAGCUAGUUUCUAGUAUUUUUAAGCAUGAGCUUAUGCAACACUGUGGCGCAUCUGUUGUUACUCUUUCCCCAGCUUUCAUAUAUUUCUAUGAAUAACCUAGAAAUUCUCAGUACUGGGAAGGCUAAAUCGUAAUAGUAAACGUGUCAAAUGGGGUGAGUAGGGCUUUCUGUGUAGCAAAUACGCAAAGAACCACCAAUACUUCGGUUAAUUCAUGAGUUCUUGAAACAAAUACUUUAGAUCAUUUUAUUUUAAUUUUUAUGUGCUAAACUGGAAGUGUGCCUUCAUUUAAAAAAUCCAAACUAAUGCCAAAGAAAUUAGUUUAGAUUAAGGUCAGCAUACUUUUGCACAGAAAUUGGCCCAAUGAAGUACUAGUUCUACAUCUUUUGCAAGGGCAGGACUGACCCAUGACUGACUUGAUAGACCAAAAUAUUCACGCUCACUCACAUAAAAUUUCAAAAGAGGCUUGAUCCAGAGUGAGAGCUUUGUCUUGCAGGAGGCAAAUUUGGGUAUUUUGAAAAAGCUACGUUUAUUGUGUUUGUUUGCUGUACUUGGUCUACUAAGUAGAGGCAUUUUGAGCUUAGAUUGCAAGAAUUAUAUUGCAAUUGUAUGACUGCAAGAAUAUGGCAUCAACAAAGGCUUUUGCGAGAGACUGCAGCAAUGAUUUUCUUUAGAUUUCUGAGUGUGAACCAGUCUCCAGCUCCAGCCCUCUUAACCACAGCUCUUAAACAUAUACUAAUCCGCUACUGAUUUUAAACAGUAGCAGAAGUAACACCUCUUAAAAUGCUUACUCUGCCUUCCUUGUACUGCAAUGAAGCUCUGCUUUGUCUCGGUUGCCUUACUCUGCAGUGCUCAGUUCUUUUCCAGUGUAUAGAUUGCUCAUAUUGUCAGCACAGGAUCUGUUUCUACUCAUUUUCUAUAUAGGUCUUGGACAUAUAUCAAGAACCUCAAGCCCUUUCUGUUUCAGCAGCAUUCUACAUCCUGGGAAUCUGGAGUCUAAUUACACACUAUAGAAUAUUGCCCUCUCUUUCUCUCAGACACAGUUAUUUUGGAUAUUUUUAUUCUGGUGAAUCUAAGAGUAGACUUUCAAACUGUUUGUUAUUGUAGUUUAGCCACACAAGUCUCCUUAAAGGCAGUGGGGAAAAUUCUACUUUGAAUCUUUAACAUUGCUUUGAACACUCAUCCCAUAAUGCUUGUUUUAGAAAGCAAUUUGUACAGCUGUCAAUCAUGUUAAUGUGGCUUUUUAAU